AGUUAAAAUUGGAGUAUCAUAGUGAUAGGAAGAUAGUACUAGUUGAUUGAUUAAUUCCUAAAUCUCUUGAGAUGAUUGGAAGUAUCCUACUUCCGACGCCGGCACAACUGUUAAGUCACCGGCUAAGCCUCUGGAACCGCCGUCCACGGCCAGAUCCUUGGUGCUCAUUGAGCAAACAAGGCCACCGCUUUCUCUCCACCCUUAUCGCCACCGACUCCGACGAUAUCUCCGCUACCCGCCACUUACUUCGCAAAUUCGUUGGCUCAUCUUCCAAACACGUCGCUCUCAGUACUCUAUCUCACCUUGUAUCUCCUACUACUACCUCUCAUUAUCGCCUCUGUUCUCUUGCCCUCCCCUUGUAUUUGGAAAUCAGUGAAGCGUCAUGGUUUGAUUGGAACUCGAAACUAGUGGCAGACUUGGUUGCAUUGCUUUACAAGCUAGAGAGAUUUGAUGAAGCUGAAACCCUAGUUACUGAAACGGUAUCUAAAUUGGGAAGCCGAGAACGAGAUUUGUGCAGUUUCUACUCUCAAUUAAUCCAUUCACAAUCUAAGCACAAUUCGGAGAGAGGAGUUUUGGAUUUUUGUACAAAACUGAAGCUUGUUCUCUUGCGUUCCUCGUCUGUUUAUUUGAAGCAACGAGGGUAUGCCUCAAUGGUUGAAGGAUUUUGUCUUAUUGGAUUACCGCGUAAAGCUGAGGAAUUGAUGGAAGAGAUGAAGGAAUUAGGACUGAAAUUGUCAAAGUUUGAAUUUAGGUCUCUAGUUUAUUCAUAUGGGAAAUCUGGAUACUUAAGAGAUAUGAAAAGGAUUGUAGUUGAAAUGGAGAGUAUGGGAUUUCAAUUAGAUACAGUUAGCUCAAAUAUGGUGCUUAAUUCAUUUGGAUCUCACAAUGAGUUGUCAGAAGUGGUUUCGUCGCUCCAAAAAAUUGAAGCUUCAGGUGUUCUGUUUUCUAUUAGAACUUACAAUUCAGUUUUGAAUUCCUGCCCAACAAUUAGUCUAUUACUGCAAGAUCUGAAGAGUGUCCCUCUUUCUUUGGAAGAGUUAAUGGGCAAUCUGGAUGAGAAUGAAGCGGUUUUGGUUAAUAUAUUGGUUGGAUCCUCGGUUUUGGAGGAGACAAUGCAGUGGAAGCCUUCAGAGUUGAAGUUGGACUUGCAUGGGAUGCAUUUGACCUCUGCUUAUGUGAUCAUAUUACAAUGGUUUCAUCAGCUUCAAUGCAAGUUUCUUGCUGAAAAUCGUGUUCUUCCAGGUGAAAUCAUAGUGGUGUGUGGAGCAGGAAAACACAGUGUUGUUAGAGGAGAAUCCCCUGUGAAACGGUUGAUCAAGGAAAUACUACUGCGGAUUGGAUGUCCACUCAGGCUUGAUAGGAAGAACGUUGGAUGUUUCAUUGCUAAGGGAAAAAGUUUCAUGGAGUGGUUAUCAAAUUAUAAUGCCACUAUACAUGAAAGGAUAUCAUGACAGUCACAAGUCCUAGAUGUUAAAUACAUUAAGAUGAUAUCACGAAAGACCGCAAGAAGAAGCUGAAUUUGAUUGAUCCUUAUCAUACCAGUUGGUUAUGAUUGAGUAGAAACACGAUUAUCUGAUAUCCUCAAACAUGCACUUUUCUGUUACAAUAGCGAGACAGCUGAUAAGAGAAAGGUAAAUCAUCAUUAAUUGUUGAAGCAUGUCACUUUUUGUUGAACAAUUAUCGUCAGCUAUUGAAGCAUCUAAAAUUUUGCUGAA